CCAACAUGCCCAGACUACGCGACUUCCAAGUAGAGUGCAACAGUAUUUAAAAGUCGGAAAUUGAUCUUUAGCCACAGAGGAGUCUGGCGGCAAUGCGGCGACGAUGCGUUAGAAUCAAGAACGGAUCCCUUUAGUGGAAUUAUUUUCAGCAGAAACCUCUAAAGUUGAGCGAAACCACAUAAAUGAAGGCGUUUUAUACUGAAUGGGCGCACAGCGCUUAUGCGCGUUUGCGCGUAAUGUUCGGUCGGUAACGCUGCGCGAAAACAGCAGCGAACGCUUCGUCGAUUCUCGUUUUUGUUCCACUCCCACCUUUAUUCAGAAUGAACCAGUGUAAAGUCAUGAAGGACGGCUAUCUGGAGAAGAGGAGUAAUGGAGUGCUGCAGCUGUGGAAGAAGAAGCGGUGCGUUCUGUCAGAGGACGGGCUCCGUCUGUACGACUGUAAAGGCGAGAGCGGUAAAGAGAUGCUCUUCGAGCAGAUGACCACGCUGGACUGCGUGGAGUAUAAACGGGGUCUGGUGUACUUCACCAUCGUGAUGAACGGGGGGAAGGAGAUUGACUUCAGGUGCCAGCAGGAGGGCACGGCGUGGAACGCGGAGAUCGCGCUCGCGCUGGUGCGCUUCAAAAACCGCGUCGCCGUGCAGACCGGCAGGAACAGACAUCUGUCACAUCUGGGCAGCUGCGGGGAGGGAGACGUCGAGCUCUGAGGAUUUCUCAACCCAGACGCAGGACUGGAUCCAAAAGAGGAGAAACCAUGGACUAGAAAGUGAAGGCAGGAGCCCAAUGUUAAGAAAACACCUGAUGAAAAACGCAGACUACUUUAAAACUCAUUUAUUUCUUUUCUUUUGUGCUUCCACCAUUUAUCAAAGUGACACCUCUUGGCAUGCUCGCAGAUACAGUGAAUGGAUUUGUACAUGUGGGUGUCACGCCAUGGAUGUUUUGUACACAGUGUCGUUUUUCCAUGUACUUUUAUUGCAGAAGUCAACAGCAAUAGAGACCCAAUGGAUUGCUCUUCACUAUAAAUCAAUGCUAAUUACACUCCUCACAACGCCAGAGUGGAUUUUGGCAUGGACUUUAUACUUUUAAGAGACAUAUUUACCUCGUGCUAAAUGGAGGACUCGCUCUCAGUAUUAUAAGUGAAAGCAUGAUGCUGCUUUAGGAGACAUUAACCAUAGAUGAAGUAUGAUUUACAGCUGCACUGUUUAACAUUUCAUAAGUAUUUGAACCAAAUCUGGAUUCAUUCACUUGUAAAGGAUUUUAAACCACACAGAAAGCACGGCAGGCUGCUGUUCCUUGGAAUGUAUCCCGACUGGACGGAAAACUUGAUGGAUGUGUUUUUAUUUUGUUUUCCUCGGGGCAAUGCUGUUAUUACUACAAUUUUCUCCAUUUUCUGCCUACAUAACCAGAGCGGUUGCCAACGUUUUAUAAUAAUCGUCUGCAUUGUGAUGGGUAAAAAAGAUUAUAGAGGAAAUGUGUUCUGCACAAGUCUCAUUAUACCAUUAGGUACACAUUGUCUAAAUAAAAAGAAUGAUUUUGUGGCUUUGAAAGACAUAUCGGUGUGAAUUAGUUUGUCGAGGCCCGAGGCAGCAGUGGGAUUUUGAAUGCUAAUUAGAAGCAGUGUUUUAGCUCUCAGUCGCUUUCUCGACUCUCAACCUGAAGUGUCUCUGCAGCACAUGCCCGGACAAUGGCCUCACUGACUAAUAAUGUCCCGCCUUGCAUGCUUUCCCCAGUUGUCAGUCUCACCGUGAGGCCAUCAAAGAAGUUGUCAAACAGGGCUUUUUUUCGUCAAGAUGAAUGUGUUUUGCUGUUGUGCAUAGUAAUCUGUGGAAGUGCAUGCAUUAACAAACUAAGGCGUGAAGGGAAGUGUAGUAUUAAUCUGAAGCAUGCCACAACCGGUUUGUUAUCAUAAUA